GUAUGCUUGAGCGGGAAGAUGGCGGCUGUUGAGAUCUAUGAGCGGCUCAAGGUAUUCUAUCCCAGCGAGAGGUUCCCGGGACUAGAGGCGCCGAAGGCGGAGAGUGCGCUAUGUGGGAGCGGGCUUGGUUUUUUGCGCAACUGAACUGUCCUGCACUAGAGGGUGUUUACCUGUCAGAACCUAAAGACAUAGAGAAGUUGCUGUGUAGCCCUUCACCUCAUCGCCUGGAUAUAUUGGAAUGGAUUUGUAUCAGUGUGUAUCCACCUCUCCAACAGCAGUUCUCAUCCCUCAAAGAAUCGGAGUCAGAUGUAAAGAUAAAAGAAAUGGCAAAGCUGGGGUAUGAGCUGAUGCUUUCUCAAGCCAAUGACCUGGAUCUCAUUGCGGGAAAUGCUUCUGCCCGGAAGCAGCUACACUUCCUGGAGCAACUCCUGGCUGCGGUAUCAGAUGAGAGUGAUCUCCCAUUAUCUGACUUGGAGUUUUUCAGCACAGAGGAAUAUUUCCAAGAGAUAGUGAAGAAGAAUGAAGAAUUUGUGAAGCAGGUUUUCUAUAGCCCUGAUCUGCAGGCUGUGUUGAACCCAGAGUGUCAUCCCUGGAGCUCCGACAUCAAGCCCCUCCUUGUGGGUAAAAACAUACUGCCAAAAAGGGUCCUGCGAUCAGCAGCUUCCCAUGAGAGAACCUUGACGGAUUUACUGAAGCAGGUAGAAGAUGCAGCUGCAAGGCUGGAAGGUCUGAGGGCCCAGUGUUCUUUCCUGCAGGAAGAUCCGGCGGGUACAGACUCAUCCUAUGACAGUGUCACAGCUCUGCAGACAUUCAAGCUGAUUGCUUCCGACUUCCACCAGUUACUUGUGGCCUUUGAGCAGGUGUAUGAGAACGAGCUGAAGCACUGUGAGCGCCCUGCUCCAAGGCUGAGCCCCUGUGGCCCCCUCUUCCAAGCUGUACACCAGGGCCUGCUGCUAUGCGUGAAGGAGCUGCAAAGCCUGGCCCAGGUUAUGGAAACAUCUAAGCUCGUUGUGGAGAGGGUGAAGCAGCGUCAUGGAGAGAAGACAGUUUGGAGUGGCAGUGCCAAAGUCACACUGCCAUCAAAACUUGAAGAGCUGCAACAGAGAUGCAAGGCUAUUCACACCAUGCUCGAGGAUUGCCAGUUGUCCUGAUCUCUGAUAGACAGCAAACUCCAAGUUCCGCUGGGAAGGAGGAAAAAGUUCCCACUAGGAUAUGGAAGACACUGGAGGCAGACCUGGGAAAUACUACAUAUUGUAUUCUGAAAUGUACAUAUAUAGAGUUCUUUUGAGAAGGGCUAAAAAUAAAGAGCGUUUUCUUUGUA